AUCCUUCCCCUUCCCUUUCUUGGCCACUUCUUGACAGUUCCGAUUCCCCUCCGUCACGUCUUUCCUUCCUUCUCUUCUACAGGCCUCUUCUAUUCUCUGUUCUCUCAUUCAACAACCCACCUUUUAAUAUUUCUUUUCUUUUGCUCAUCUUUCCCUUUCCAAUACUCUCUCCUUCUCAACGGUCCCUCCCAUCCUAAUAUUACACGUGCUAGCCUUCCCCCUCUUCUCCCUCCCCACCUCUAUGGGGCGUCCACACUCACCUUUCUUCCACUAAUUCUACACAGAAAACACGUUGUCUUGUAUUAUUAAGGGAGAACACGGCCAACUGAUUACCUUUGUUUCCUUCCUUUUCUUCUUUGGGUCUACGUUCACACCCUGUGAAGGUCCUCGAUCAUUCUCUGUAAGUUUUCCUCUGAGUCUGUGGAGGCCUUCACUUUCCAUCCUGGUUCCGAACAAUCCCAGGCUAGCCCGCUCUGCCUCCUGUCACACUCUUUUCAUAAACACAGAGGAACAAAAAUGAACAACUACCAGAAGAAAAUCGGAAUCGUACUGGCAGGCAUCAUUGCGGCCCUCGCGCCGUACCUCUGGGGCGCCGCCCGCUACGGCGGGCCGCUCCUGGAGGCGCGGCGGGAGUGGCAGGCCGCCGGGCCACACACAACGGCGCUGGGAGAGCUAAGGCAGCGUCUGGCCGGCGCCUGGUGGCUCCCCGGCGCGCUGCGCCCUGCACCGCCCCGGGAUCCCCUGAUGGAGUGUGGCCUCCCCGCCGGCGACGGCUGGUGGGACGUGCUGCGGCUGCUGGCCGGGGCCAAGCGGCAUCUGGACUGCCUGCACGAGCAGGUCCGGCAGGCUGAGGAGGAGCAAGCAGGUUUCGUUAGAACUCUGCUAGUUUGCGGCGGCCUGCUGCUGCUCUUGGCGAUGUUGGCGGCCCUGGCUGCCGUGGCCUGCAGCCCACCGUCCCGCCGGGAAGGAGGUGAAGAAACAGGCCUGGACGUGACACCACCUGAUAAGGGGGGCGAUGAAGAAAAGCAAGAAGAAACACACCUGGAGGAGGUGAAGGAGUGUGUCCAGGAAGGACCACGUGACACGGAGACACCCGCGGCGACGGGGAAGGAGGCGGGUGAGGAAAGGGUGACAGAAGUAGGAAAUGAAGGAGAGGAGCACCCGAGUGACGGGUGUGUGGAGAAGAUGGGAGAAGAGACGGAGACAGAAGGCGAAGAAGGGUUGGAAAAUGAAGAAGACUUGGAAAAAGGAGAUACAGAAACCAAAGAAGACUUGGUAACUGAAGAAGAGAUAGAAAAGGAAGAAGAGAUGGAAAGCAAGGAAGAGGUGGAAAGGGAAAAUGACGGGAAUAAGGAAGAUGAAGUAGACAAUGCAAACGAGGAGAAAAAAAAUGAAGUACAUAAGGAAACUGAGGAAGACAUUGAGAAAGAAGACCACAGACAAAAUACAGACAAUGAGAUGGAAGGGAAUGAAAAUGACGGGCAGAAGGAAAAUGAAAAUACUGCGAGGGAAGAAGGAAAUGAAAAUGAAGAACAGGAAGAAAAUGAAGAAAAUAUUGAGAAAGAAGAAAAUAAAAAUGAACACAAAGAAAAUGAAGAAAAUAUUGAGAAAGAAGAAGUAAACGAAAAUGAAGAACACAAGGAAUAUGAAGAAAAUAUUGAGAAAGAAGAAAAUGAAAAUGAAGAACACAAGGAAUAUGAAAAAAAUAUUGAGAAAGAAGAAGAAAAUGAAAAUGAAGAACACAAGGAAUAUGAAGAAAGUAUUGAGAAAGAAGAGUGUUCCCAAGCCGCGGACAACACGAACACCGUCGAGGCGACAGACGAUACAAGUCAUGCCGCAGAGUCUAGCCCGUCCGCCAAAACUUUAAAACACGUUCAUGCAACCGAACCCCAAACGCAGACCAGUGUUACUCCUCCUGUGCCACGCCAUGCACCUCCUCAGACACCUACCCGUGCCCCUUCGUCUGUUUCACCCUCAACAACGACACCCCCGCCAGCCAACACCGCCUCUUUCCUACCGCCAAUUCCCCGCCCGCCGCCCCCCUGGGACUGCCCUCCCAAGUGUUAUGACGGCAGCCGCCGCGCUCUGCACCAGGAGCUACUGGACUUUCAUCGGUGGGCUGGCGGCUCAGACGCCGAGUACCAGCGUCGCCUGCGUCCAGUGGAGGACCUGCGGCGUGUGGUGGUCACAAUGUGGCCUCAGGUGCGCGUCGAGGCCACCGGCAGCCUGGCCAACGGCCUCUAUAUGGCAGACAGCGACGUGGAUGCGACACUGCUGGGCCACUGGCCCGCGUCACCCUCUCCACUGCUCGCACUCCGCGACGCCCUCCAGCGGGAGGGCGUGGCGCGGCUCGGCCAGCUCACCGUGCUGGAGAAGACGACGGUUCCACUGGUCAAGUUCGUGCACCAGGCGACGGGCUUGCCCGUGGACGUGUCCUUAGGCAGCGAGGCGGCCGUGCGCGCCGCAGAGCUGGUGCGGGAGUUGUUGCGCCGCUUCCCGGCCCUGGCGCCCAUCUCACUGCUGGUGCGCCACUACCUGCGUGGCCUGGGCCUGGCAGAGGUCUUCACGGGGGGCGUGUCAUCCUACGCCGUCACCCUCAUGGUCACCAGCUUCCUGCAGCUGCAGAUUCCCCCGGACGCCCAGCACGACCUCGGGUGGCUGCUGGUGAGCUUCUUCGCCUUCUACGGCUAUGAGUUUAAUUUCGCCAGCACGGGGAUCAGCGUAGUGGGGCGCGGCCGCUACCUGCGUAAGGAAGACGUGCCCAUUGUGAUGCCGCGCGGCCACCGGCGGGCGGACCUCUGCAUCCAAGACCCGCUCUGUCCCACCAACGACCUGGGGCGGUCCUCCUUCCGUGUUUGGGACGUGCGCAGAGCCUUCCAGCACGCCUACCGAGUGCUGGAAGCCGCCCUUUUCGAGCCAGGCGUGUACGCCUCCCCCUGCUCCCUGCUCGGCCAGCUGCUGGCGCGGCACGCCACGCCCCAGCGAGUCCUGCCAAAGUGGACGCCUCCACCCGUCCCAGCAGCAACAGGAGCCAGCAGGACUGCCUAUGAGCAAAAGAAACAAGGCAUUGUUAAAAGAGAUAAAACCACGUCUAACACAAAGAAUAAGAAACUCGCAGCACGGGCUGAGGUAAACCAGAUAUAUCAUAACGACAUUGACGACCGUGCGCUCCCUCUCGCAGAGGCUGAACACCGAAGCAAGCACAGGCCCGGCCAGACCCGGAAAGACGACUUCAAGAAGCCAGAGCAGGCACCGCCCCCCCAGCCAACGCGCACAGGGCCGACUGUCAGGGUGUUGAACCGGCACGGACGAUUCCUGACGAUCUCCAGGAAGGAGGCGGCGGACGGGGCUUUCCACAACCAGCGGUUUCAUUAAUUAAUAAACCCUUCAAAGCCUAGCGUGACCGUGAUAUUUUUCUACAUAUGCAUAUACGAUUAAAUGAAGUGAAGAGAGGUAAAUUUUUCCGUGUCACAGUCUAGUGUACGAUAGCUCCUACAAGUUCCUGGUAGCCUGUUGAAUUCAGCCUUCCCAAUCCGGAGUAGGCAGCCACAGAAUGAAGGCGUUCUGUAAAGUUGCAGCCAUGGCCAGACAACAAAAUUAAGUCCUUACUUUUUUCAUAAGAACAUAAGAACACAGGAGUCUGCAAGAGACCGGUAGGCCUGUACGAGGCAGCUCCCCUGAACCUAAGCUCCCGUGUAUCUAGCCCCACCAAAUAUCGCGGUCCAUGAAUUUAUCUAAUCUAUUUUUUAAUGUGACAAUUGUAUUGGCACUCACCACAUGACUGCUAAGCCUAUUCCACUCAUCCACCACCCUGUUUGUAAACCAAUUUUUGCCUAUGUCCCUGUUGAAUCUGAAUUUAUCCAGUUUAAAACCAUUACUUCGUGUCCUACCCGGUUCUCUUACCAACAAAACCUUAUGAAUGUCUCCCUUAUUAAAGCCCUUCAUCCAUUUAUAAACCUCGAUCAUGUCUCCACGCACCCAUCGCCUUUCUAGAGAAUGCAAGUUUAACUGUUUGAGUCUUUCCUCGCAUGGCAAGUUUCUCAACCCCUGAAUCAUCUUAGUCAUCCUUCUCUGCACCGAUUCUAACAUUUUGAUAUCCAUUCUAUAGUAGGGUGACCAGAACUGAACCGCAUAGUCAAGAUGAGGUCUAACUAAUGCUAAAUAUAGUUUGAGGAAGACUUCGGGGCUUCUGUUGCUUACGCUCCUUGAAAUAAAUCCCAGUACCCUAUUAGCUCGAUUUCUAGCUUGAAUGCAUUGUGCCCUUGGACGGAGAUCAGAGCUCACUAAGACCCCUAAAUCCCUCUCGCACCCAGACCUACUUAUGAGAGUGUCAUUUAAGCAAUAAUUAUGUGAGGGGUUGUUCCUAC